CACAGAUAGCGCUUUCAGUAAUCAAUUACCAGCUUUGUAGUGAAUAAUGUUUCCGUUUCUUUCUUACUGGACUAAUUUUAAUUGCAAUUGAAAUAUAUUUACUACACGUUUCAAACAGUGUAAGUUAUUUUGAUCUGGUGUUUCUUUAGUGAACUGAAAAAUUUUACAUUUUGCUGUCGUCAAUAGGUGAAAGAGUUUGUCUAUUAUUACUUUGACUGUGCCAGCCAAGAAGAACCUCCCUUUUCAAGUGCAUAUGUCUUGCAAUCGAGAGAAAACGAUGCUGAUUGCACACCUGAGCAAUAUUUACCAACAUCGUCGAUACGUCAAAUCAAAAGAUGAUCACCAGUUGCUGGAAGCACUAUGUCCCGUCUCAAAUGACUGUGAGCCCUUUGCCCAGUAUCCUGACCCGAACAACACGCGCACGUCUAUCACCAAACAAGUUGUGCUCUGUGGUGCCAUAGCCGACAAACCCAAAAAUUGGAGGAAGCACAUUCGGGAUCUCGACCCUUCUAAUCCUAACAACAACGGUCUGCAAAACGAAGAUUUUAUUGGUCUGAAGGCUAAUGAUGCUAAAUCAAGGUUUCCCAAGUUGUACAACCGCCCAAACCGUACUGCCGAAGGUUGA